CUGUGUGUGAGUGUGAGAAAGCGAGAGAGAGAGAGAGCGGGCGAGUGUUUGUUUACCUCAUGGUUGUCGCGCCUGCGCACUCGAGCGCUGUUUUUCCCACACAGGUGAGCUCAUCAGUGGAACAACAGACUGCAGGUGGAAGUCGAGUGGAAACGUCGGAACUGAAGUCAGAGGUGGAAAGUUUUACAGUUUUGAAACUAUAACAACGGGAGCAGCUGCAGCGGCAUGAGAUGAGUCACGCAGCAGAGAGCAAACGCAGGAUGGAGCAGUUUUUCAACACGGUUGGGGAGGUGAGGAGCCUCAUUCUGAAAAUCUCCUGCCAAGCAGAGGAGGUGGAAAAAAGCCAGAGCAUCAUUCUCUCUGCUCCAAACCAAGACGGGAGUAAUAAACAGAAGUUGGAGCAGCUCAACAGUGAGAUCAAGAAGAGUGCAAACAUGGUGAAGGCAAAGUUAAAAAACAUGCAGAAAAACCUGUCCCUGGAGCACAAUGGUAAAAAUCCUUCAGUGAUCCAGCGAAUAGAGAAAAACCAGCACUCACAUCUGACCCGCUGGUUUGCAGAGGUCAUGCGAGGCUACCACAGCUCACAAAUGACCUUCAGGGACAAAUGUAAGGCCCAAAUUCAGAGACAACUGGAGAUAGUGGACAGAGUGACCACCGAUGAAGAGCUGGAGAAAAUGUUGCAUCGCAACAGCCUCACCAUCUUCAUAGCUGAUAUUAGCUGUAAAGGUCAGAUCACCAGCCAAGCUGUGAGUGAAAUUGAAUCCCGUCACCAGGACAUUAUUUCCCUGGAGUCUAGUAUCCAAGAACUGCACGAGAUCUUCACAGAUAUGGCCAUGCUGCUGGAGAUCCAGGGGGAUUUGAUCAACAACAUAGAGAAGAACGUGACCACUGCAGCAGAAUAUGUCGACAAGUCCACAGAGGAAACCAACAAAGCUGUCACAUACAAGAGAAAUCCGUACAAGGUGGCGUCACUGCCCAGCUUCCUCAAACCCUUCAGGAGGCAGGGUUCGAUUAAAAAAGAUCCGGCUCAAAACAGUUCAGGCUCAAACCAGGACUGAACUUUUGGACCUGAUUGAAGUUUGUCUACGUCAAACAUUUCACUGUGGUAAGUGAAUUAACCAUAAAGUAAAUUGUUAAUUGAAUUAAAACUUGCCAACGUGGUAUUUGGUCUGAUAAUGACAGUGCCUAGUCUAAAAGAUGAACAGAAAGUGUUUACUAAAAAAAAAAAAGAAAAAACUUAGUCUGCCACCCAACUGCACAUGAGCCUAAAAAAUCUGCAAAAGUCAUUUCACAUUUUUGUCUUUUUAGUCUCCUGCAAUAGCUUUUUAGGCCAUUCUUCUAUUUAUUUUAAAAGCUGAUGUUCUUCAUUAAGGCCAAUAAAUGUCAGGAUGUCCAUGUUCAUGCCUGUAUUUUGAGUUUUUGACUUUAUUUUAGUGAUGCUUUGGAACUCUUUGUUGUGUGUCAGUGUUGUGAUGAAAGAUGAGAUUGAAAAUGCUGUUUCUGCUGAUUGGGGGGAAAAAAGACUGGAUCAAUGCAAAAUUCAAGGUGCUGUGUGUUAAGGAAAAUAUUUAAUUCUAUUUAAAGACUUGAUCUGUGAUAUUGACUCUCUUUAAUAACUAAUCAAAUUUUAUUCCAAAACAAAGACAAAAAAGGUCCAGAAUAUUCUUCAGAAUGUGCUCACAUAUAUUGCAUAAACCUAGUGUUGCUUGUUAGAAAUGUUGCACUGUUCAUUUCCCCCGUGUUGUUUUAAUGUCUGAGGAAAAAGGAACAAAAAGUUCAAACUACUUCCUACUCUUUUUUUUAAUGCAUAGAUUAUUAUGUUUUGAUGACAGUUGUGUUUUAUAUAUUUAGUAUUCUUUCAUUUAGUAUGUUUAAGAACAGUUUUUAACACUGAUUUGAAGUCAGUGGAAUAUUAGUCAAAAAAA